CAUCACCAUCUCCAUCCCUCGCCGCCGCCGACGCAUCUCGACAGCCUCCAUGGCCGAACCCAAACCCUAGCCCCGCCGCCACUGCCUCCCCAUCCUGCGGCCGAUCCCCGCCAGAUCUAGGGUUUCCCACUCCUAACCAUCCGACUCUGCUCACUCCCCACCUUGAACCUCGUCAGAUCCGAUGGGCAUGCGCCUUCACAAGGAUCCUUCAAAGUAGUGCAUCACAGGAAGCUGUCCUGUAGGAAGAUGGAAUCUGCUGUCUUUGAGACCCCACUUUUACAUGGUCUUCCUGAUGAGAUUGCCCUCCUUUGCUUAGCAAGGGUUCCUCGGCAGUGUCAUAAUGCUCUCAGAUGUGUCUCAAGGAGAUGGAAAGCAUUGUUAUGCAGUGAGGAGUGGCACUCUUACCGCAAGCGGAACAAUUUGGACGAGUCUUGGAUAUAUGUGAUAUGUAGGGGUACUGGCUGCAAGUGCUAUGUUCUUGCUCCUGAUCCUGCAACUCGUACCUUGAAAGUCAUCCGAGUCAUGGAACCUCCAUGCUCAGCGCGUGAAGGCAUUUCCAUAGAGGCCUUGGACAGGAGGUUAUUCCUGUUGGGUGGUUGUAGCUGGCUAAAGGAUGCUAAUGAUGAAGUGUAUUGUUACGAUGCUUCUUCAAAUUCCUGGAGCAAAGCAGCUCCCAUGCCUACUGCUAGGUGUUAUUUUGUAUCAGCAGCUCUGAAAGACAAGCUCUAUGUUACUGGUGGAUUAGGUUUGACGGACAAGUCACCUAAUUCCUGGGACAUUUAUGACAAAGCCACAGACUCCUGGUUUGCGCACAAGAAUCCAAUGCUCACCCCUGACAUAGUCAAGUUUGUGGCCUUGGGCGGUGAGCUGGUGACCAUCCACAAGGCCGCCUGGAACAGGAUGUACUUCGCUGGGAUAUACAACCCUGUUGACCAGACCUGGAGGGGCACGGCGAAUGAGAUUGCCUUGUGCUGGUCUGGCCCGACUGUUGUUCUGGAUGAUGGAACCCUCUACAUGCUUGACCAGUCUCUGGGCACGAAGCUGAUGAUGUGGCUGAACGAGACCAAAGAGUGGGUGAUGCUAGGCAGGCUGUCGGACAAGCUCACGCGCCCCCCUUGUGAUCUUGUGGCCAUUGGUAGGAAGAUCUACGUGAUCGGCAGGGGACUGAGCACAGUGACGGUUGAUGUCGACACGGCGGCCAGGGUUGAUGGUUUCUUGGUGUCCACGUCAACUGGCCCCCUGAUGGAGCAUGACUUUCCACCGGAGAGAUGUAGGGUCAUCACCAUCUGAAAGACUGGACAGUGUAAUUGACUUUGCCUGUUAAUAUAUGAAAUAAAGAUCAUCUUCUUAGUAAAUUUGCUUCAUAUGGUCUGUAACAGUGGAUGUAUAUUGACUUCUCAUUUUGAGAUGGAUGUACAACGUUGUUUUAACACUAACAUCAGGAAUUUCAGAGUGUGCAAUAUACCCCUGUGAGGUUUUUGUU